AUGGUCGGGCUGUCCGCCGCGCAACUUCCGCCAAUGAAGCUGUACACUGGUGACACGAUCGCCUACCACACCCAAAUGUAUGUCGCCGGCGAUCCCCGUGCCUACAGGACUGCUAUUGUGAUGCACGUCGAUGAUUCACCCGGCGAGGCUUACACCCCGAUCUACGUGUCGACAGAUGCGAUGAUCCCGCCAACCAUGAUGGUAAAUAAGGUGUUAAAUCGGGCAGGCGAGGAAGUGAAGUGCCACUGGCGCGAGCUACGCACCAACCAGCUUGUCUUGGGCCAGUUCCAGGCUCCGUCCGACCGCACAUGCUUCGCUGACGCCCCAACCACGGCUUCUACGGUCGUCGAUCACGGCUUCACAGACGCCCAUGAGUACGAGGAAGAGUAUGCAUACGAGGAAAGGGCACCAGUUCCCACGCCAACCAAUAAAAUCAAGGCCAAGCCUAAAUCCAAGAAGACCGCCCUCGAGAAGCGGCCCAGUACUCCCCCUGGUCAUGUACAGAUUUCUGCCGCGCCCCCCAAGGCUGGUGCCACUCCAGCGCAAGGUCAUCCAUCGGAGGAAAUCUUGCAAAGAACAGGCACGAAGAUUGCCAGGAAGAUGACGAAGGGGUCCGUCUGUGUGAAGACCAGAAAGUCAUCCAGCAGGCGCUUGAACCGUCAAAUAUCCCCCGCCCGAGCUCUCAUACAUGGAACCAACCCACCUGGACAUGAUGGAAGCGCGGUAUCGCGCAAAAUGAACUGCCAUCAUGAUUCCUACCGUUUAGACUCUUCAUCCGGGCAGGACGUGGAGAUUGUUAGUGAUGAAGCCGGUGCUUCGGGGGACUUGUACAGGUUAAACACCCUGGCCUUCGUGUGUAUGAACACAAGCAGGGUUUACAAGAAGAAAGCUAGCAGUCUCAAUUUCGGCGUUAAACAAGUCCGAGAUGGUGGGGCUGAGGUGGAUGAGAAGGAUGCAUACCUGGAAUCCGAGGAAAAGGCUGAAGACAUCGACUCAGACCCUCCAGACCAGCCAGACCAGCCUGAGCAACUGGAACAAUCUAGUCAGCCCACUCCAUCGCAGAUGACCGCUCUACAUGAGAUUUUGGUGGUCCCCACGCUCGCACAGCGCGAGGCACUAUAUCAUAGACGCAAGAAAGAUACGCUACCAGAAUAG